CCUCCCCCCCGAGUCUAGCACCGCCUCUUCCGCGUUCUCGACAGAGAGACCUGCAGGUGGGGGUGCGCGUCACCGCUCCCGCCGUGGUCAGCUAAGAUUUUUGUGCCAGGUAAGAUGAAGCAGGUGGAGAACUGAAGGACAGCUGUGUGCAGAAGCCUGUGAACCCAUCCAACAGCAACACUGUUUCCCUUGGAAUUUCAAGUUCGCUGAGGACCACUGCUCAAAAGUUGGGAAAACCCAUAGUUUCAAAAACAACUCUUCUUCAACAAGUUGUGUUUGCAAGGAAAGUCUUAACCAUUUGUCCUUCUGGCGUACCCUCUUCCGUUGAGAUCCAUGCAGAAUAAACCAGAGAUGGGCAGCAGUGAACCCCUUCCUAUCGCGGACAGUGACAAGAGGAAAAAGAAGAAGCGGAAGGCCCGAGCCACUGACUCCCUGCCAGGAAAGUUUGAAGAUAUGUACAAGCUGACCUCUGAAUUGCUUGGAGAGGGAGCCUAUGCCAAAGUUCAAGGUGCCGUGAGCCUGCAGACUGGCAAAGAGUAUGCCGUCAAAAUCAUCGAAAAACAAGCAGGGCACAGUCGGAGCCGGGUAUUCCGAGAGGUGGAGACGCUCUACCAGUGUCAAGGAAACAAGAACAUUUUGGAGCUGAUUGAGUUCUUUGAAGAUGACACGAGAUUUUAUUUGGUCUUUGAGAAACUGCAAGGAGGCUCCAUCCUAGCCCACAUCCAGAAGCGGAAGCAUUUCAAUGAGCGAGAAGCCAGCCGAGUGGUGCGGGAUGUUGCUGCUGCCCUUGACUUCCUACAUACCAAAGGCAUUGCUCACCGUGAUCUGAAGCCAGAAAAUAUAUUGUGUGAAUCUCCAGAAAAGGUGUCUCCGGUGAAAAUUUGUGACUUUGACUUGGGUAGUGGGGUGAAACUGAACAAUUCCUGCACACCCAUAACCACACCAGAGCUGACCACCCCUUGCGGCUCUGCAGAGUACAUGGCCCCUGAGGUGGUGGAGGUCUUCAGGGACGAGGCCACUUUCUAUGACAAGCGCUGUGACCUCUGGAGCCUGGGCGUGGUCCUCUACAUCAUGCUGAGUGGCUACCCGCCCUUUGUAGGUCACUGUGGGGCUGACUGUGGCUGGGACCGGGGAGAGGUGUGCAGGGUUUGCCAGAACAAGCUGUUUGAGAGCAUCCAGGAAGGCAAGUAUGAGUUUCCUGACAAGGACUGGGCUCACAUCUCCAAUGAGGCGAAAGACCUCAUCUCCAAGCUUCUGGUUCGAGAUGCAAAGCAGAGACUCAGUGCCGCCCAAGUUCUGCAACACCCAUGGGUGCAGGGGCAAGCUCCAGAAAGGGGACUCCCCACGCCGCAAGUCCUCCAGAGGAACAGCAGCACUAUGGACCUGACCCUCUUUGCAGCUGAAGCCAUUGCUCUUAACCGCCAGCUGUCUCAGCACGAGGAGAAUGAACUGGCUGAAGAGCCAGAGGCACUGGUGGAGGGCCUCUGCUCCAUGAAACUUUCCCCUCCCUCCAAAUCUCGCCUGGCCCGCAGGCGUGCCCUAGCCCAGGCAGGCCGCAGGGGAGACACAGGACUGUGCCCAACAUCUACAGGACUCUGAACAGUUCCAGUCAUACCUCGUAGGCCUCGACCUGUCCAGGUAUUGCCCCUGGAAACCUGUGAAGCCAAUGUCUGCAGAGCAGGCAGAGGCCUGUUCUGGGGCUCCAGUCAGGCUUUUUCCACUUACAAAGACCCUGCAGGGCCCCCCCAAUGCCCUCCUCCCCAUUUCCCCAGAGUCCUUGAGGAAAAAGCUUUUUCCAAAGGGGUCGUCUUUGAAAAGGAAAGCAAUCACUUGUCACUUUGCAUAAUCGCCUGCAGCUGGGACAUCUCUGCUGGACUCCACCUGCUCACAGGCCUGCGGAUCCCAGAUCCAGCCUGCUCUGUGACUGGGCUGUGCUGCUGGGGCAGCAGCCUGCAGGGAACCAGCUUGGAGAAGGAAGCACUGACCAAGGCUGCCUCUCCCCCUCUGCACCGCCACCCUCCUCUGGCAGUCCUUCCACCUUCCUCCGUCCUCCGGACGUCCUCUCCCUGCCGGUCUUCUCCCUUGGCUGAGCAAAGCCACCCCCUCAAUUCAGGAAGGGCAGAGAAAGCCUUCCUCUUUCAGGAGGCCAGAUCAGUCUUCCAGUGUGCAGCACGGAGAAGCACAUAAUCUUUCUUUGCUGUGACCGAAAUAUGUUCCUCAUUUAUCAUCCUCUUCCUUGUGAUUGCUGCUAAAGUCAGUAUUAUUUCGUUUUUUUAAAAUGGGUUUUUAACCAUGCUGUUCCAGUCCACAUGGAACUUUAAACUCUCACUGCAAGCCCAGGGAUUUUCUAGAGUGGAAUGUCCAUGGACUUGGGUUUUAAUCAGCUGUGCCCUAUACUUCUAACUGAUUUUAAGCUGUUACUGUGAUGAGCACCUUAGAGAUAGUGUCAGUGUCUUCUGCUGCUGUGUCCCCCAGAUCAUGUAUGGAGCAUGGCACAGAUCUGGGGCAGUUAGACGGAGCCCUGUGCCUCAGGUGAAGAUGGGAGGCCACCCCGCUGCCCUGGUCUGAGCCAUGCAGUGCCUGGUGCCUGGGAGCAUGAAGGUGCAGCCUUCAGAUAAGCUGUGGAGUUACGUAAGGAAAACAGGUUGCGUGUGUCAGAUGUUUACACAACACCAUGACUGAUACUAUCACACGUUGUGACUGUGCUUGUUUUAAUAAAACUAUU